UAAUGGUGCGCGAUGCGCAAGGCGGACGUAGCGGUUGUUCGAACAGUAGUCAGGUAUAGUUGCCGUUGAUACAUUGUGACGCGGUUAGUUUGUUAUUGACGUGGUUCGUUUCCGUAACGCGUAGGACCGUGCAAAUGGAAACACGUAAUGCCAAUUGCCGGGAUUAGGACAGUGACUGACACGUAGAUUUGUUUCUCGAUAGGGAGGACGACAGAUGAAUAUUUGUAACCAUUCGCUGUGACCGAGUCGAGCAAAAUGUGGAGUCCAACGCACGUUCAAGUGACAGUUCAAAGAGGAAAGAACUUAUUAACCAAAGGAAAACAUAAGACCAACGAUUGUUUCGUGACGAUCGCGCUUGGCAAGGAGAAAUAUCAAACGUCUGUGAAGGAGAAAGCGCCGAAGGAUGUGGAAUGGCACGAAGAAUGCGAGUUACUUAUACCGGAACAAGGAAACACUGCGGAGAUAGUCCUUACGGCUCUUCAUCGAAAUUUCUUGGGUGUCGACGAAUUCCUCGGGACCGUCAGCAUACCUCUCUCCAGCUUCGAUGUGUACGAGAGGCCAAGGAAUAGAUGGUAUACACUCGGGAGCAAACCAGGCAAGGAAAAUACGAAAGAGAGAGGAGAGCUUGAAGUGAAGAUCGGUUUCAUCGUGAAAGCUGGUAGUUUAACCGACCUGAGUCACAAAGAACGUCACAAAAGCUCUCUUGGCCAGUUAUCUACGGCUGCUCAUUCGAUCGGCGGAAGUUUACUCAGUAUCGGUAGCUUCGAGAAGCGUAAAGGUUUGAAGAAAUUGGCUAAAUCGAUUGGGAAUCGCGUGAAGGGAAAGAGCAAGAGUAAUCUGGACAAAGGGGACUACCUGAACGAAGGGGACGAACGUAAGUUUCGAACAACGAGGCAAGAACCUGGAGAGGCUGAUCCUGGCGUGAUUAGCGAAGACGAGGAUGAAUUUACGUUUGACGAUCUGUCUCAUAAAAGCUCGGCAUCGUCUCUAAAUGCUCCGGUCGGCAACAGCAACAGUGUAGGUUCGAUUGCCUCGAGUAACUCCUCCAGCAACAAUUUCGAAGCACAUCAGCUUCCACCGGUGCCAACAAACGCCGCACCUAACAAACCACCGCGAUUCUCCAUGAGCGCUUCGACCACCUCUUUAUCCAAAGUGGACAAUAUCAAAGACGACGAGUGGGGCUUGAAGCUUUAUGGUAAACAAGUUAAUAACAAUGUCAAAAGAUGGGAAAGUAAAGUGAAUCCAAAAAUUGUGAUAGAUGAACCAAAGGAUGAACAUCGGGAAUCGUCACCCGUGCAUUCACCGUCUUCGACUUUGAGAAAUCCAGAAGUUUCAGAGACUCCGAGCCCCGCGCCGCGUGAAGUAUUACAAACAAAGAACAAACUUGAAGAGAAAUUUAUAUCGAGUAAGGAGAAGAAUGUGAAAGAGGAGAAAUUUAAAGAAAAGAAGGAAGAUAAAAAUAAUUGUUGGAGUCCUAAGGAUGAAAAGCAAUCGAGGAAAGAUAAGAAGAAAGAGAAGGAGAAUAAAUUUAAAGAUUUCGACGACAAUAAUUUGUCUGGGGAGAGAAUUAUCAUCGGAGGUGAAGAUGCGAUUAGAACUACGUCAAUAAAAAGCCACUUGCCGCACGAAGUCCUUGCACAGUUCGAAGGGAAAUCAAGAGAGGACCUCAUCGAGUUGACGCUACAGUUGCAGGCGGAAGUAACUGAAAAGAAAAAACGCCUAACUGACUUGGAAGAUUACAUAGAUGCACUGUUACUGCGAGUAAUUGAAUGUUCGCCACGUUUACUGCAAAAUCCGUAUCAUUCACAGAGACGUUUGUCAUCGCCUGGUCAUCAGUAGAUAAUUAAACGCUUUUCCGUUUUGAUAUUUCCUAAUGUUGAUGUUGAGGUUAAUUACAUUGUUCGAAAUAAUUGACGAUACUUGCAUAGUGCUCAUCCAACAUAUUUCAAUCGUUUUAUAUAUAUAUAUAUAUAUAUA